CGCCGAAUAAAUGAAGUUCAAGUUAACUUGUCCCUGUAAGACGCAGGCGCGGGAACUUUUGAUUUCAAAGAAGAAAGUUCAAGAAUAUUGAGAUGGGAGAUUGGAUCCACUGCAAUAACUGUUUUCUAAGACCCGGGACUGCACCCAUUCAGUUUAGACUGACCACAUGUGGUCAUAUAUUCUGUGACAGCUGUGUAAACAAUGCAACAAAGCCAAAAUGCCAGAUGUGUGGAUCAACCAAUGUUAAUGUCAUUCUUCUCUCAGCUAAGAUGGGUCCUGAUGUACAGAUCUUUUUCACCAAUAUUGUGGAACUUAUUAAGAGAAAUACACAGCAGACAAUACAGGUCAUGGAAUUUCAAAAUAGUCACAGAAGAAGAUACCUGUCACAUCUAGCUACACAGUUGAAUAAGCAGAAAGAAUUUAUGGAAAAGGCUCAGAAGUUGUACAAGUACAACCAAGAACUUGAAAAAGAACUUAAAAUCUCUAAGGAAGAAAUUGCUUACCUGAAAAGAACUCUGAAAGAGCAGAAUUUACAGCAGCAGAACUGUGUAGAGAUGAACUCAAAUGUAAAUUCCCCACAGACAUCAAUAGGUAGUUCAGCAGUUAUAGGUCCCAAUUAUGUAAAUCCUAAAUAUGGAAUGAGGACUACCCCACCAUAUCUUGAACGGCAAAAGCGCAAUACCCCACCAUGUGGAGCCAUGGUUUAUCUAAGUAAAGUACCACCUAAUCAAGAUUUGAAGAGGAUGUCACCAAGAGACUCACCCAAAGUUCAAGACUGCUUUGAGAGUUACACACAGGGUGGUGCUAAACAAAUUCAAGGAGCAAGUCGGAUUUCUCCUUCAUUGGAUUCUAGAGAGGUCUAUAGUACUCCACCAUCUCAAAACAGAAGUGCAACAGAAUCACAUAGAAGUUUUGGCCAAGUGAAAGUGGGACCUGUGAGACAUUCACCUAUGGACCACUUUGAAAAUUCAGGACAUCCCAGGAGUCUAACACAGACUUCACCUUAUGAUGUUCAAGAUAAACUGUGUACACCUCCAGCUCAAUGGAAAACACACAAAUCAAUACCCCAUCCUCUCCCAAUAUGAGAUAGCGAUAAAGGAAAUAAAGAAAGUGGCCAGUUUAUUUCUUCAUGGUCCAAGAGUAUGCUGUUUUCAAAUGUAUUCUUUGAAUGUUAAAUUAAACACCAAAAUCAU